UUCAUUCUACCUCCAAAAGAGAACUUUAGUCCAACCAAACGUGAAGUAAUCGAUGUAACGUUCACGUGAUCGAUCGCACAGGCUCUGCCCUGCUCCAUGUGAUCCCAUUUCAGCCACCUUUUGGCCGCUGUACGUGUUCUCUGCGCUCAUGAUCUCGUUCACGUCGACAACGACAUCCCAAGUUGGCAAAUUUAGAGAGAGAGAGAGAGAGAGAGAGAGAGAGAAAGAGAGGGGAAAAUGGUUGGCACAUGCAGGCGGGGGAUGAGUAUAUAUGGAGUCCGCGCAUCAAGCGUUCGAAUCGGAUUACAAAUACACCAACCCUCUUCCCAAAACCAUUUCUUUACUCCAAAACCAACCAUUUCCCUCUCUCUCUCUCUCUCUCUCUCCAUAACAAAGCCUAUUGUCUCAGAGGGCACGGGUGUGAGCAUUUGAAGAGGUGGCCGUGAGUUAUGGCGGUCCCGGCAGCUCUCGUCAUCGUUCCCAUCGGCAUGCUCUUCAUUCUCUCCGGCCUCCUCGUCAAUCUUGUUCAGACUUUGCAAUGACGUCAGAAUGGAGAGAUGUCAAAUUGGGGAAGAGGGCAUGAACAGAAAAGAGUUUCUGCUUGAUUCAGCUCAACGAUGACCCCAACCUCUCUAGCAUGAUACUUCAAUGCAUUCUUCUAUGUCCUCAUUCGUCCGCUGUCGAAGAAGACGUAUCGAAAGAUUAACAAAGUAGUCGCCGAAUUGCUCUUGUUGGAACUCAUAUGGCUUUUUGAUUGGUGGGCGGGUAUUAAGGUAGAGCUCUACAUGGAUUCUCAGACUUUCGAAAUGAUGGGUAAAGAACACGCACUUCUCAUUUGCAAUCAUAGGAGCGACAUUGAUUGGCUUGUUGGGUGGGUCAUAGCUCAGCGUGCAGGUUGUCUUGGCAGCGCGCUUGCUAUCAUGAAGAAAGAGGCUAAAUUUCUCCCUGUCGUAGGUUGGUCGAUGUGGUUUUCAGACUAUGUUUUUGUGGACAGAUGCUGGGCCAAAGACGAGAACACGUUAAAGUCAGGUUUCGAAAGGCUCAGUGAUUUCCCAAUGCCAUUCUGGUUGGCCUUAUUUGUGGAGGGAACUCGGUUCACGCAGGCAAAGCUCCAAGCAGCUCAAGAAUAUGCUGCCUCCAGAGGGUUGCCUCUUCCUAGGAACGUCUUGCUUCCUCGAACUAAGGGCUUUGUUUCAGCAGUGACUCAAAUGCGCUCGUAUGUCCCUGCCAUUUAUGAUUGCACGGUGGCUGUUCCGAGUAAUCAGAAACCACCUACAUUGCUCAGACUUCUUAGAGGACAACCAGCUAUUGUGAAACUGCAAAUCAAGAGGCAUUCGAUGCAAGAAUUGCCGGAAACACCUGAUGGCAUUGCGCAGUGGUGCAAAGAUCUGUUUGUGACUAAGGAUGCUUUUCUGGAGACAUACCGUGGUAAAGACCUGUUUGGUACCGAACAACGUCAAGACAUCGGACGUCCUAUAAAGUCUCUGUUGGUGGUCAGUUUUUGGUCAUGCCUACUGGUCUAUGGAGUCGUUGAAUUCUUCCUAUGGUCCGCCUUGCUCACCUCAUGGGAAGGCGUCAUGAUUGUGGUAGCGGCUUUGGUACUUGUAACUCUUGCGAUGCAAAUCCUCAUUCAGUCUUCGGAGUCCGAGCGCUCAACUCCCGUUGAGGACUUUCAGCAAGGUUCUGAAAGGGAGAGACUUCUCCAGAAAUGAGCAGCGAUUGGUACUCCCUGACUUAUUAACUUUAAAAAACAUGUUUACAAAAUCUCAUAACCAUGAUGCUGAAAAUUCGUGGGCACAUAAUUUUUCUCAAGCAGGAUUAAAUGCCGCUUUUGUAAUCUGUAUUCCGUGGGCUUUUUCCUAGUCCAUGGCUCCACAUGUGUAUCAAACUUCGACAUUGUUUUUCAAGAUGAUGUUGAUUGAAUUGGUAUUUGUAAAACUCGUGGUAGCGUUCUUGGAAGAAAUGACAUUUAGCAAUCAGAAAAUAGGAUUUGGUGACUA